CAAGAGCUUGUCUCCGACCACCAUCUCCGCCGCUAGAAGACUUAUAGCUUAUCGCCCUACAACAACCACCACCAGCAACCCACCGCCGCCCCGGUCUUCCCACCGCCACCACCCCGGAUAGUAGGGUACACCUCCGCCCCCGAGCGGCGUAGCACAUCAUCAUGUCAAGCGGGUGGGGCUGGGGCAGCCUGUUCGGCGGCAACGCAGCGAAGAGCAAAGAUGCGCCCAAGAACGCCAUCCUCGGCCUCCGCAGUACCCUCGAGAUGCUCGCCAAGCGCGAGAAGCACCUGCAGAAUCAGAUGGACGAGCAGGAUGCCAUUGCGCGGAAGAAUGUGACUUCGAAUAAAGCUGUUGCCAAAGCUGCAUUACGAAGAAAGAAAACAUACGAACACCAACUCGAACAAACCUCCGCGCAAAUGCUCACCGUCGAGCGCGAAAUCUCCUCCAUCGAAACGGCGAACAUCAACAAAGAGACCCUCGACGCGAUGAAACACGCGCAACAAGCGAUGAAGAAGAUCCACGGCGGGCUGACAAUCGACAAAGUGGAUCAGACGAUGGAGGAUUUGCGGGAGCAACACGCGAUCGGGGAGGAGAUUGCCGAGGCGUUGACGCAAGGGAAUAGUGUUGGGGAGUUGGCGGAGUUGCAGCAGGAGGAGUUGGACAACAAGAUGUUGCGGACGGGGAAUGUGCCGGUCGGGGAUGCGGUGGGGCGGUUGCCGAAUGUGCAUACGGGGGAGCUUCCAACGAGGCAACAACGAGUGGAAGAGGACGACGAGGAGGAAGAGUUGCGGAAACUACAGGCCGAGAUGGCUAUGUGAUGGCAGAUACUCGUGGAAGUCUCUUUUUGGCGUUCUAUCUGCAGCGAACUUCCAUUUCCGCAUGCGAUGGCAAUAUCGGCGCAACUCUUGCUUCGCGCAGUACCACUUACUCAUACAGCAACGAUUCACAGAUCAUGUUCGCAAACGUUCAGGC